AUUCAUUCAACUUCACCUUCUUGACUCACUCACCUAUCUUCACGCAGCGCUCAUUGGAUCAAUACAUCUGAACAACGAUGAAUGUAAUUUAAUCAACAACCACGGCCCCAUCUCGCCCUCUACAGCGCCUCGCCAUGGGCCUCCUCACCUUCCUCGGCCUCCGCCGGGAAAACCAAUGGGAACGCCUCACUCUCCUCGACCAGUUGCUCCUCUCGCCAUUGACCUUCAUCACCAUCAACAUCUACCAUUUCCUGCUCUUCCUCCGAGGACAGCCGUUCACGCCUCCGCGGGGACGACCACCAGUCCGCGUAGUCUGCAUAUCCGAUACCCACGAACAAUUCGUCGACAUCCCCUCCGGUGACAUUCUCAUCCACGCCGGUGACUUGACCCAGUCCGGGACCGCCGAGGAUAUCCAGAAGCAGCUCGACUGGUUAAAGAGCCAGCCUCACAAAGUCAAGUUCGUCGUCGCGGGAAAUCAUGACAGCUGGUUUGACCCGCGUAGCCGCCUGGACCAGGACGUCAAGGCCAACGCGGCGGUGAAUCUAGACGGUCUGCUGUAUCUCGAGAGCGGCCUGAACGUGCAAGAGAUCAAAGGGAGGAAACUGACUAUUUUUGGCGUACCGGACAUUCCAGAGUGUGGUCCAGAGAGCUUUGCGUUUCAAUAUCCGCCUUCACAGCCUCCGUGGUUCAGCUUGAUCCCCCCUCAAACUGAUAUUCUCGUGACUCAUUGUCCUCCGAAACAUCACAUGGAUCUCGGUCUUGGUGACCCUCAGCUUCUGAAAGAACUCUGGCGCGUCAAGCCCCGUCUACACGUUUUCGGCCACAUCCACUGGGGUUACGGAAAGGAAUCUGUCUAUUUCGACGACAUGCAGCUUGCUUAUGAGCGACUUCUCUCCCGUCCACCCCGCGGUCCCUUUUGGGAUUUCGUCCCAAACGCUGCUUGGUGGGAUCAUUUCUACGUGAUGUGGCAUGGCGUUCACGCUGUGCUGUGGAAGUGGAUCAUGGGCGGCCCCGGUAGCAACCAGGGCAGCUUGAUGGUCAAUGCCUCGCAGAUGUAUGGAAGCACCGGUAAAGUAAAGAAUAGGGCCAUUGUUGUAGAUAUCUAGCCAGUUUUGCAUUCAUUUCGUUCUAUUCUUCUUCUUCCUUAUUCAACUAGAUACGAAGCACAUGGAAAGCUACGUGCGUAAUACUUUCACAGAAAGACAAAACAUCAGUGUAUUUGAUAUGUAUUAUCAUUAAGAAUCCUAAAGCUAAAUAUUACACUACGU